ACCAACACCCAUUCAAACAAAGUGUUAGGGCUUAGAAGUUAGAAGGGUGAGUGACGGACGUCUCAAAGCUCGGGAGUGGUCAGUGCGAAGAUGAUGAUUAGACGAAUUCGCUCUCAGAUUUUGGUCACUGCUCACCGACUCUCAGGACUCAGAAGCUCACAAUUUCAUUCUCAGAACUCCGCUCAGCCGCUCACAAGGGCGAUUUAUGGAAAUUAUAUGCAAGCAGAAUGCAAUCUUCAGAGAAAUGUAUGCCAGUGUCGAAAAUGCUCUAUGAUGCUCAGGGCAUCAUUUUCUACGGAAGCAGGGACAAUUGAAAGUAGUGCGACAGCAGAAUCUGUGAAGGAGUUGUAUGACAAAAUGCUGAAGUCUGUCAUGGAUCAAAGAAGUGCUCCGCCCAAUGCCUGGUUGUGGUCCCUAAUAGAAAGUUGUGCAAACCAUGAAGAUGCUAAACUUUUAUUCGACAUAUUGCAGAGACUUCGAAUAUUUAGACUUUCUAAUCUCCGUAUCCAUGAAAACUUCAAUUGUGCUCUCUGCCAGGAAAUUACUAAGGCAUGUGUACGUGUUGGCGCCAUUGAUUUGGGUAAGAAGGUGUUGUGGAAGCAUAGUGUAUAUGGACUGACUCCAAACAUUGGAUCUGCGCACCAUUUACUGUUAUUUGCUAAACAGCAUAAUGAUGUUAAACUCUUGGUAGAAAUUAUGAGUCUGGUGAAGAAAAAUGACUUGAUCCUGCAAUCUGGAACUGCAGAUAUAGUCUUCAGCAUUUGCUCCCAAACUGAUAACUGGGACUUGAUAUGUAAGUAUGGUAAAAGGUUUGUCAAGGCAGGAGUGAAGCUACGAAAGACUUCCUUGGACACUUGGAUGGAAUUUGCCUCAAAAAUAGGAGAUGUUGAUGCUCUGUGGAAAAUUGAGAAGAUACGAUCAGAAACCAUGAAGGAACAUACUCUUGGAAGUGGACUUUCAUGUGCUAAGGGUUUCCUAAUUGACCACAAACCUGCAGAUGCUGCUGCUGUCAUUCAAUUACUCAAUCAGACAGUACCUGAUUCGAGAAGGCAAAAAUUCAUGGUUGAACUUCAAAAGCUAGUUGCGGACUGGCCAUUGGAGGUGAUAAAGCUACAAAAGGAUGAGAGGAGAAAGGAGUUGGCUGCAACACUACAACAUGAUAUUCCUAUCAUGCUCAGUGCCUUGUCAAAUAUGGGCUUGAGGUUGAAUGUAAAUGUGGAAGAUCUGACAAGAAAAGGCGGCGUUUUAUCUUAAAUUUUUGGUGAAUAAACAUCAAACAUAACGUUAUCCCUUUACCGAGAGGCAUUGAUCUCGGUUUAGUGCCUUCAGGAGCAUCUGCACAUGUUACAGUCUUCGCACAACCUUUAGUGGCUUGAAGGUAGCCUCACCAUUACUAGUUAAAACUUGAGUGAGGAUUCUUCUGAAUCCGAAACAUUGAAUUAUCUGUCUCAUUACUAAUUAGCUUUCCCUAUUGUUUUUUGUGGAAAUUGGAUUAGCAAAACUAAACACCUAACAAGUAUCGAACGUGUUUUAGCAGGAACGUAACGUAGCAUAUUUGAAAUUUACUGGUUAACAUCCUUGAACUAUAUUGCCUUAAUGUUCCUGAAGAGUUCAACUUAUGUUCUUCUUCAAGUGUA